UCAAAUGUAAAUAUUAAGACAUUCUGUGAUGAUGAUGAAAAAUGUGUUCAAACGUUAACUCGAUUGUCAACAAUUACUGGUGACACUGGAAGUUAUCAUUGUAAAAAUGAUAUAAAUUCUUACAUUGAGACUUAUGUUUACGUAAAAUCCAAUGUUCAAUUACUAGUGCCUUAUACACAAUCAAAUAUAAUAUAUAGUGAUAGAAUUUACAAAAGAUUAAUACCAUGUCGUCCUACUUCGCCUGAUUAUAAAGUCACGAUUUCAACUGUUGAUAAUUCAACAAAUGACAAGCUACAAUCGACAUUCGACCCAAAAGAGGGUUUUGAGAUUGUAAAUCCUAAAGCGACUGAUAGCAAACAAUACAAAUGUUCAGCAACACGUGAAGAUGGAUUCACUCAAACAAUUGAUUUUUAUGUAAAUGUCACAUAUCCAGAUUCAAUUAGGUCUUUCAGAAUGUCUUCUGUGACACCAAGAUACGUGGUUGAGGGUGAAACUGUAAAGAUUAAUUGUACAGUAAAAUGUCUAAAUAAUAAGCAAAUUAGAUUACAAUGGUAUGGGCCACCUAACAAAACUUUAAUUCAAAAUGACACAAGAAGACAAGUGAAAAUUUAUGAACACCCCGAAAAAUUGGGUGACAUGACGUGUGAAGCACAAUUAAAAAUUCUAAAUUUUACCAAUGAUGAUAGCGGUUGGUAUGGUUGUCAAGCAAAAUCUAUUGGUUCACAAGACUAUCAAGCGACAAAAAUAGAAUUACACAAUCCUCGAAAAACUUUUAUUGAAUUACAUUGUGCCGAACAGAACAGAUUUCAAAUACUAAACGAGGGUCAAUACAUAUCUUGGAUAGUGGACAUUAAUGCAUAUCCACAGCCAACAUGUCGUUGGAUGUACAAUUCAGCAAACAGUAAAAUGCAGACUUUAAACGAAAAAUCUAUUAGUUACUUAAGUCUAAAGCAGGAUUCACCAUUGACAUACUCAGAGUUAACAAUUCGUUAUUUGAUGGGAUAUCAUUCUGGCAAUUAUACAUUGGAAGUUUCAAAUCAACAUGGAAAUAAAUCAAUUACUUUUUCUAUUUAUGUUAUCAGUAAGCCUAUAUUUAAUAUUAAGGCAUAUGCGCAUUAUGCUCCAAAUCAGUUAGUUGUGAUAAGAAAUGAAAUAUCUUCAUAUCCUGCGUGUAAUGUGACCUGGAAAUAUCUUACUUGUUCUGAUAAUAAUGAUUGUUCUGACAAUAACACUGUGAAAUGGACAUUAAGGGAAAAAUCACCCAUUAUGUUUGAGACAAUAGUAAAAUUUCAUGUGGAAAUGUCCGGUAAUAUCACAUGCAUUGCAUGCAAUGCAGUCGGUUGUAGAACAAUAAGUAAAGAAAUAUUUGUUUCCGAUUACAAUAGUGGCAUGGGAAUAAUUUUUCCUGAACAUCAAUUAACUAAUGAAGAUGAUUUGGAACUAAUUUGCUUCGCAUCUAUUUACAAUUACACUAAUAAUUUAACAUGGCUAAUUGAUGGGCAAAAUAUCACUGAAAAUGACAGUGUGAAAUUAACUACUGAAACAACUCAAUUUUCACAUCGUAUAACAUUGUCAAUAAAAAAAUUACUAAUAUCGCAUGCGGCGGAAUAUACAUGUGUCGCAAUUGCUAACGAUUUCAAAGAAUAUAAAGAAUACUACGUUUUGAAUUUAGCUGAUCCUGAACCUGCUACAAUCGUAGAAACAAACAUGAACGGAACAGAAGUAGCUUUUGAUUUAAAUACUUUGAGGCAAAAUAUUGAAUUAAUAUGUACUGCUACUGGAAUACCUGAACCAACUGUCACUUGGUACAAGGAUCAACAUCUGCUGGAAAGCAACAAUCAGUAUUUUUUUACUGGAAACAAACAGAAACUUAAAAUAAAAUAUCUCGAUGAAAAAAGUAGUGGUAAAUAUGUGUGUCGGGCUAAAAACCGCCUUGCUAUAGAAGAAAGGUUUCUUACCUUCAUUUCUAUAGGGAAUAAAGUGUCCGAAACUUGGAUUCUUAUUAGUAGAUUUGUGUUAAUCGUUUGCUGUAUAUUUAUAACAACUUAUUGUAUUAUAAUUCGACAAAGGAGAAUAAAGAGACAGAAAUUAAUAGAUGCUGGAUUGACUUUUUUUGAAGAGGGAGCUCUGGAAUGUUUAAAUCCUGAAUUAACACUCGAGAAUCAAGCAGAGCAUCUUCCGUAUGAUAAAAAAUGGGAGUUUCCACAUGAAAAACUAGCACUUGGAACACAAUUGGGUAGCGGAGCAUUUGGUGUUGUUAGAAAAGCCAAAGCGGUGGGAAUUAUGAAAAAUGAAAAGAUUACGACUGUUGCUGUAAAAAUGAUUAAGCGCACAUUGGAUCCAAUGUACAUUAAAGCACUAGCUAGCGAACUGAAAAUUAUGGUUCAUCUUGGAAAGCAUAUCAAUAUUGUUAACCUCCUCGGUGCUUGUACAAAAAAUAUUUCUAAACAUGAACUUUUGAUUAUUUUGGAAUAUUGUCAUUUUGGGAAUCUACACAAUUAUCUUCUUCGACAUAGAGAAGAUUUUAUUGAUCAAAUUGAUCCAGCUACCGGUAAAUUCAAUGUUAACAUUAAACAGAAAUUUCCGUUCGAAACCGAUAAUUACGUCGAGGCAAACAGAACUAAUCAUGAGGAUGAUUACAAAGACGAGAUAUUCCAAUCCAUCUGCACGCAGGAUUUAACAUCUUGGGCUUUUCAAGUUGCACGUGGGAUGGAGUAUCUUUCUGGACGAAAAGUGUUACAUGGAGAUCUUGCGGCACGAAAUAUUUUAUUGACAGAGAAUAAUAUUGUAAAAAUUAGUGAUUUUGGAUUAUCCAAGUCAAUGUACAAAGACAAUAAUUAUAAAAAGAAAGACGAUUUACUUUUGCCAAUUAAAUGGAUGGCGAUAGAAUCAAUUCGCGAUAGAGUAUUUUCCACUCAGUCGGAUGUUUGGUCAUUUGGCGUUGUUUUGUGGGAGUUUUUUACGUUGGCACAAACACCUUAUUUUAGUAUUGAUGCAGAAACACAAUAUCAGAAACUGAUUGAAGGAUAUAGGCUGGAAAAACCUGAAUAUGCUACAAAAGAAAUGUAUGAUAUAAUACAACAGUGCUGGACAACAAAUCCAAUUUUACGUCCGUCAUUUUCGGAAUUAGCUAAUUCCAUUGGUGACUUUUUAGAAAAAAGUGUGCAACAGUACUACAUAGAUCUGAACAGACCAUACGUAGACUUAAACACAAAGGUUCUAGAGGGAAAAAAUGACUAUUUAAAGAUGAUGUCAGCUCCCGAUCAUACAUUACUUUCAUCCUCGAAUCAAAUAUACGUCAAAGCUCCCAUAAUCGGAUCAGCAGAUAAAGGAGAUUUUGCACACAGCAGUUUGACCUCCUCUGAUCAGGACGGUUCCAGUAAUAGUUGCAAUGACAGUCGCACUCAGUUCCGAUCUCUUAGUCCAGUUAAUGCUAAAUCAUCUGCUGAAUCAGUUACAGAAGAAAUGGUUGAGUUCUCAAUACUGCAAGAGGAUGACGAUGAUCAACACCUCAAAUUAAUGAAUUUUCAUGAACAUCAUCAAGAUUCGUUAAGGACCAAUAAUUUAGAGGAAGGAAACUAGUAGAAGAAUCUAAUCUACGAAUAUUAAAACUUACAAACGCAUGUAAAAAGAAAUAUAUACGAUUCGAAUGAAAAUAAAUAUGAGCGUUUAUAUUAAGAAUAAUUGUUAUUCUUAAAUAAGUUUAAAAAAUUGAACCAAUUAGUACGUGAUGUGUUAAAAAAUAACUAAAUUGAAUAAUAUCUUAUAGAAGAAGAUAUAAAUUUAGAGAACUGAAAAAUAUUAAACAUCAG